AUGUCUGGCUUCAAAUAUCUGGGUAUGAAGGGUGGGUUUUACAAGUCGCUUGUCGCAGCCGCGGGCAUAGGCUCAGCCUUGAGUACCGCCGACGAUAGGGUGUACGCAACAGGGACCGAAACCACGCUGUAUCGCCGCUUGGCGAGGACCAAGAAGGGCUAUUUGGCUGUUGUUCCCAGCCAGAGCAGUGUGGGGGAUCAGAUCAGCUUAUAUGAAGGCGGCAAGUUCCCUUUUGUCGUGCGGCCUAGAACAGGGCAGGGCACAAAGCAGUUGGUAGGGCCGUGCUAUGUCCGUGGAAUCAUGUAUGGGGAGGCAUGGGAUCAGUCGUUGUGUCAAGCCGUUGAAAUUAUUUAG